AUGAGUUGGCAAGAAGAAUUUGAUGAUGGCGAUUCAGAUGUGCAAGAAAUCGAAACAUUUCUGCAAUUCACACCCUUCGAAAAGAGAGAAUAUGAAGAAGAACUUGAUGCAAUAAGAAUAUCGAUUCAAAGUUCAAUUCGUAAAUAUAAUUCCAAUUUUCCUUUGAAGUUUUUACCGGAAAGUGAACAAAUUGUUCUAUCGAUCAGAAAUUUGAUCUCAAAUAUGAUUUCGUGUAAGUCUUUUUUAUUAAAUCAUGGAAACUGAAAUCGAUUUUUUGCAGGCGGAGAACAUAAAACAAAAAUCAACAAUUCGACGUUGCAAUGUUCAAAACCACAUCCGACAAAUAUCCUAUUCAAUUUAAUUUGCUCAAAUAAAAUUGAAAUUUCGGAUGUUUGCAAGGAAAUCAUUAAAAGUGUUAUUAAUGAUGCACAAGUUUUUUGGGUUGAAAAUGAUUUUGGAGGAGUCGAAAAACGCUAUGAACAAUUGAUGAAAAUGAUUGAAUUUGUCGGAAAUUUGAAUAGGAUUAUUGAUCAAUUGAAGACUAUCGAUUUUGAGGAAAAGAAUUUGGAAAAUGGUGAGAUGGUGGAAGAAAUAUGGCUCAAAAGCUUUAAAGACAAUUAUAUUUUUCAGAACUAGACGAAGAACGACCCAGAAAAAUGCGAAAAAUGGCUGAAAAUGAGGAAGAAAAAAAGAUGCGCGAAUUACGACGAAAUGUGCUGACAAAUCUGAAUUGCGACAAUUUGGCAAAGUUGCAUUUAAUGUCACACAUUGAAGAAUUGGCAAAAUAUUCAGAAAAAGCCAAAAAAUGGAUAGAAGAAGGUGGAGGAAUUCAGAAAAUCAAGGAUUCGUUGAUGCACACUGAACAUUCAGAACAUCAUCAGAAAAUUCAACGGGUUUUUGAGGAGAAAUGUGGCGAUUUGAAAGCGGCGAAAAUGAAAUGCUCGAAGAUUCUCAAGAAAUUGCUCGAUUUUUAUGAGUUUUAUCAGAAUAAGCGAGCGAUUGAAAUGCGAUUGCGUAAGGAUUUGCGAGAAUAUUCAUCGAUUUUUGAGGAUUUAUCGUUUUGGCCGAUUUUCGAGGAGCCUCGGAAACAUUUUGAGGAUAAUUAUCAUCAUGUUGAUGAUAAGAAACUGUGGGUUUUUUUUUGAGAAAGCCGAGAAAUGUCGGAAAUUUGGUCAACGCAACAUUUGAGCGAGUUUAUUGCUUUGGCCGAGCUCCCGACAUUUCUCGGUCACCAAAAUAGUUCGGUCACAUAUAUUUUUCUUUUCUGAAAUUAGUCGCUUCCAAAUAGAAAAAAAGGAAAAAAAUAAAAGUAAAACAACGACACUCGACUUGCCUGUUGUUUAAUUUUCACACACUGUUUGAGCGGAGUGUCGUUAUUUUAUUUUUACAAGAUUGCGCGUAGGAUUUGGUGUUUGCGGGCAGUCGGUGUUUUUCGCUCUUUCUUUAGGUUUUUUGUUAAGUAAAUGCAUUUUUAGCCUUAUUCAUCAGCAUUUGAACUACAUUUCGGUCAAAAUCGUGUGCAUUUUUCAGUUUUUUACUUCUAAAAACUGAAAUUCAGAUUUUUUUUUUGAAAACUUAACAUUUUUAGCGCUUAAAAUAAUUUUUUUUUAAGUUAAAAGAGAACAAUUCAAACUUGCUUUUCAGGAAACCGAAAAAAGAAAAGCAAAAUUGGGAACCUUUACAUCAUUAUCUGAAAACUUGUAUGGGAACGUGCGAUUUCAAAUUUUCAUAUCUUUAUCCAACUUAUAAAAUCGCAUCGGAUUAUGGAAUUUAUCGAAACAUAUUUGAUCAUUUUCAAUUGAUUGAAAGAUUGACAGCUGAAUUGAUCGAUAAUUUUCAAGUUUUGCUCAAAAAUCCGCAAUUUUUCGAUCAUCAGCAUUCAACUAUAAAAAUACGAUAUGAUGAAAAUCGUCGAAUCAAUGACAAAAAUCGACUGAACUCAGGAGUAAUUUCGCUAAUCAGCAGCGCUGCCCCGUGGACGCCGCAGCGCUGCUGAUUCUCCGAAAAUUCCCUGACCGAGCAGCGCUGCCAUUUCGCAGCUGGCCUCUCUGGCAGCAAUCGGCUUCAGCUGCCAUACACAAGGCAACUGUUGCUCAUCGCUGCCACACACAUGGCAACUGUUGCCCACUGCUGCUGUUCAAAUCGGCAGCGCUGUGGCGUCCACGCCGCAGCGCUGCCUGUACUUUUUGAGCAGCCCUGCCGUUCAGCUGCGAAUUAGCCUCUGAGAAUUGUGAUGUUUGUCGAGUUUCACAUAGUUUGGCACAUUUUCGUUUUGCUAUUGGGAAUAGUAGUUUACAUGGAUAUCAAAAAGCAGAAGGACAUUUUGGAAUUAUCAGAAUUAUUGAUUUGAUUUUGAAAGAUGAGGGAAGGGUUCGGAAAGAGGAUUUGGGGUGUGUGAAUUUGAAAUUUUCCACAAUUUAUUCAAAAAUCUUUUCAGAUUCUUUGAGAAAUAUCUGUUGACUCUCAAUGAAUUUUCUGGUUUUAUUCAAAAUUAUCGCGACGAAUUUUUGCUGGAUGAAAAAGAGAAAAUAUUGGCGAAAACUAGAAAAACAGUGGCGGAUUUUAGAAAUGAGGCAAUGAUAAGACAUGAAAUGCGAUGGAAUAUUUGGUAUGAAACUAUGAGAAAGGUUGGUUCAUUUCAAAAUUCAGCAUCAAAAAUUGACUUUUUUCAGACUUCCCACGCCAAAAAUGCUGAAAUUUUCGAAACCAGGAUGCCGGAAUUUUUAGAGAAAUUCAAAGAACUCGUGUAUAUUCUGAAUGUUGUUCAUCAGCAAAAUGCGGAGGAAACGUGAGUGUCAAGGAGCCGCGCCUUGAGAACAGAUGUGUCAAGGAGUCGCGCCUUGAGGACAAUUAUGUCAAGGAGCCGCGCCUUGAGAAUAUAUAUGUCAAGGAGCCGCGCCUUGAGAACAGAUUUGUCAAGGAGCCGCGCCUUGAGAACAGAUAUGUCAAGGAGGCGCGCUUUGAAAACAGAUAUGGAAAGCAGCCGCGCCUUGAGAACAGAUUUGUCAAGCAUCCGAGCCUUGAAAGCUUAUAAUCAUCUAAUUCAGGAAAAAUGACGAGAGUGUGAACAGCUGUCCGAUUUGCUGUCAAUAUUUCCACAGAAUCGCAAUUUUUCCAUGCAUUCACCAAAUUUGCGAAAAUUGUCUUCAGCGUAUGAUUGUUCAACGUCGUAUUCAAUACAGGUAUUUUUGGCGAAUUUCGAGAAAUUUCGAAAAAAAGUAUUUUUCAGAUCAAAUCCGGUUUCAAUUCUCUGCCCAAAAUGUCGUAGAAGUUGCAAAGAACACGAAAUAUUGAUUGGCGAAAAGCCAAAACGAGAUUUUGGUGGAAGUUCGAAAUUGAAGAAAAUUAUAGAAUUGAUCAGGCAAUUCUUGAAUGAAGAUCAGAAAAAUCGAAUUGUUAUAUUCACAAAUUUCACAGCUGGCGAUUCAAUUUGGAAAUGUAUUGUUGAAUAUUUGAAAAUGUCGAAGGUUUGUUUUUAUAUUAAUUCGAAUUUCGAAAAACAGGAAAAUUUGAAAAUUUCAGCUCGAUUUCUUUCUCAGGCAAAUCGUCCCACCGGCGCAACACCAAAUAGAAAAAAACACCGGUGUUCCACUUAACUAA